AUGCGUUUCCACAAUUCUCCUUUUUCUCUUGCUUCUUCGGCUCUCGUCCUCUUUGCCGUCAAUGGAUUAUCUAUACCCCUUUUGGACGGUGAAUUGACCGACCUCUUGGGUGGCAUAGGAGCGCCAGUGCUCGACCCCCUUUUGACGUCCGUAAAGACAGUCCUCUCUGGUGAAGGGCUUGUGCAGGGCGUGCUAGGAGUCACAGAAGGUGCUCUCGGUAUUGAAGCCACCUAUGACUAUGUAGUCGUUGGUGGAGGCACCGCCGGUAACGCCAUCGGCUACCGUCUUGCGGAGGCUGGCCACUCCGUCGCUAUUAUCGAAGCCGGCCUCAACUAUGAAAUCGCCAAGCCGGUUCUGGGAACGACACCGGGUGGUGAUAUCAUCGGCAUCGGAUCUAGUCUGCUCGACUCCAUUCCCACCGUCGACUGGCAGUUCCUCACGGAGCCACAGACUGGUGCCAACAACCGUAAAGUGCACUAUGCCCGAGGCAAGUGCCUGGGUGGCAGCUCGGCAUUGAACUUCAUGAUCCAUCACAGAGGUAGUAAGGGCAGCUACGAUAUGUGGGCGGAGGAAGUUGGCGAUGAUAGCUACAAAUUCGAUGCCUUGCUCCCAUACUUCGAAAAGUCCACCAACUUUACCCCUCCCGACAACACCAAGCGUCGCGCCAACGCCUCGACCCAGUAUGACCCCAAUGCCUUCAGAGAAGAAGGCCCCGUCCAAGUCGGCUAUACAAACUGGGUGUCCAUCUGGGCGACCUGGUUAGAGAAGGGUAUGCAGGCCAUCGGCAUGGACCGCACCACCGGCUUCAGCAGCGGCAAUCUACUCGGAUAUCACUACUCACAAUCGACUAUCCGUGGCUCGGACCAAACACGCAGCACAUCGGCGGAGUAUAUUUAUAAGGCUACCAAUGAGAACCUGGACAAUCUCAAAGUGUACACCCAGACCACCGCCAAGCGCAUCAACAUUGGGCCAAACUAUACCGCCACUGGUGUUCAGGUCAACUCACUCGGCGUUAACUACAACAUCCAUGCCGCGAAAGAAGUCAUCAUCUCCGCUGGAACCUUCCAAUCCCCCCAGCUUCUCAUGGUGUCCGGCAUUGGACCCGCCGCUACUCUGGCUGAGAAUGACAUCCCUCUCAUCGUCGACCUCCCAGGUGUCGGUCAGAACAUGUGGGACCACAUCAUGUUCGGUCCAGCCUACGAAGUCAAAUUCGACACCCUCGACCGCGUCCUCCACGACCCCAUUGUCCUUGCGGACUCCCUCGUCGACUACGUAGCCGAGGGCACCGGUGCGCUGUCCUCCAACGUAGUCGAGUUCAUCGGGUGGGAGAAGCUGCCCCAGAAGUACCGCGACACCUGGUCUCCCGAAACCCAGGAGGCGCUGUCGCAGUUCCCGGACGACUGGCCCGAGGUCGAGCACAUCAGCGGCAACGGCUACAUCGGCAACUUCCGCUUCCCGGCGCUGCAGCAGCCCCUGGACGGCAAGCAGUACGCGACGAUCCUGGGUGCCAUGGUCGCCCCCGUCAGCCGGGGCAACGUCACCAUCAAGUCCAGCGACACGUUUGACCUCCCGCUCGUCAACCCCAACUGGCUCUCCGCCAAGGCCGACCAGGAGGUUGCCAUCAGCUGGUGGCGCCGCAUGCGCGAGGUCUGGAACACGGACACGGUGCAGUCGAUCGUGAUUGGCGACGAAUACUGGCCCGGCCUCGAGACUUCAACUGACGAGGAGAUCCUGGCUGUCAUCCAGGAUAGUCUUAUGACGGUUUGGCACGCUGCCGGCACUUGCAAGAUGGGUAAGAAGACUGAUAAGAUGGCGGUUAUCGACAGUGAGGCGAAGGUUUUCGGUGUUGAGGGGCUGAGGGUUGUUGACGCGUCCAGCUUCCCUAUCCUGCCUCCUGGCCACCCCCAGAGUACCAUCUACGCUUUGGCUGAGAAGAUUGCUGCCGGUAUCAUUGGUGCAUAA